AUGUAGGCGAACUACAUCUCCCCUAACUCACUUUCACUUCCUCCCAAACCGCUCCAGUAUUUUCUGUUGGUCAUGGGGGUUCUGUGUGCCAAGUUUGGUCCUGAUCUGUCAUGCAUGGGGGUCUCGGCUGUGGAAGUCAGAGCUGAAUUGGUCGAAGGUAACGAGAAGGAAGAUCCUUUGGUGGAGUCUUCUACGGUUUCACGGGAAACAGCUGAGACUGUGGUGGAGAAAGAGGAAAUGGUGAAUCAAAAGGGACGGAAAAAACAAAAGGGAAGUCAAUCAAAGAAAGGAAAGAAGAACUCCUCUGCUCUUCAGGAGGAGAACAAUUUAAAACUCUCGACAAGCGAAGGAAAUUGCAAAAGAAAUACAAAGGUGAAUUGUUCUUUAUGUGGAAAAAUAUUCCCGAGUAAAUUUUCCUUGAAUAUACAUUACAGAAUCCACACGGGAGAGAAACCCUAUAAAUGCACAGAAUGUGGGAAGACCUUCUCUCAAAGGAAUCAUUUAGAUUCACAUCAAAUUACACAUACCGGGGAGAAGCCGUAUCAGUGUGUGGAAUGUGGAAAGAGGUUCGGUCAGAGUUCCAAUCUACGUACCCAUCAAAAAGUCCACAGAGAGGAGAAGCCACAUAAAUGCAUGGAAUGUGGGAAAAGCUUCCGCCUCAAGGGAUCUCUACAGAUACAUCAAAGAACCCACACAGGGGAGAAACCACAUAAAUGUACAGAAUGUGGAAAGACCUUCUCUCGAAAACAUCAUUUACAUUCACAUCAAAUGACACACACUGCUGAGAAGCCGUAUCAGUGCGGGGAAUGUGGAAAGAGUUUCGGUCAGAGUUCCCAUCUAUGUUCCCAUCAAAAAACCCACAAAGGGGAGAAGCCAUAUAAAUGUAUGACAUGUGGGAAGAGCUUUUGUCAGAAAGGAAGUCUACAGACACAUCAAAAAACUCAUACAGGAGAGAAACCAUAUAAAUGCAUGGAAUGUGGAAAGAGUUACUGCCAUAAAGCUGGUUUAAAGUUGCAUCAAAGAGCACACACAGGUGAGAAAUCGUAUCAUUGCAUGGAAUGUGGAAAGGGCUUCAGUCAACGUGGAGAUCUUCAAAUACAUCAAAGGAUUCACACAGGAGAGAAACCAUAUAAAUGCAUGGAAUGUGGAAAGGGCUUCUGUCAAGGUGGAGAUCUUCAUAUACAUCAAAGGAUUCACACAGGAGAGAAACCGUGUAAAUGCACAGUGUGUGGAAAGAGCUUCUCGUGCCGUCCAAAUUUACAGAAACAUCAAAGAAUCCACACUGGGGAGAAACCAUAUCACUGCAAGGACUGUGGAAGGAGCUUCAGUCAGAAUGCACACUUACGUAAUCAUCAAAGAACCCAUACUGGGGAAAAGCCAUUCCAGUGCGUGGAAUGUGGAAAGAGUUUCACUCAGAGUGGCGAUCUGCGUUCACAUCAAAGGACCCACACAGGAGAGAAGCCAUACGAAUGCACUGAAUGUGGAAAGACAUUCAGUCUUAGACAUAGUCUAAAUUCACAUAAAAAAACGCACACAGGGGAGAAGUCCUAUAAAUGCACUGAAUGUGGAAAGACCUUUGCUUGGAGUCACAGUUUACGUUCACAUCGAAAAACCCAUACAGGAGAGAAGCCACAUAAGUGCGUAGAAUGCGGAAAGACGUUCACUCAUGGUCCRAAUUUACGUUCACAUCAAAAAAUUCACACUGGGGAGAAACCAUUUAAAUGCAUAGAAUGUGGACUGACUUUCUCUCAUAGUCAUAAUUUCCGUUCCCAUCAAAGGACCCACACUGGAGAAAAGCCAUAUAAGUGUAUGGAAUGUGGAAAGCAUUUCAGACAGAGUGCACAUCUAUUUGUGCAUAAAAAAUCCCAUGCGGGAAAAUAACCAUUUAUAUAAACGAAAUGUAGAAAGAGCUUGAGUCAGAAUACCUACGUUCAUACGCAUGUGAAACGAAAAGCAGGGCAAAACAAACAAUCUUCAGACAGGGGGGCCUUUUAUUUCAUCAUCCCACCACUUGCCACCAUUUGAAACGUAAGCACAAAGGGAUCUCUAACUGAGAGACUGAGGGAGAGAGAG